AUGCUGGGGAGCCGGGAAACAGGAACCGCGGGCUGCGGGGAGGCAGCUUCCGGGCUGCAGGGGCCGCUGAGCCGGGCACACCGCGAGAUGGAGACGCCUCCCGGCCGCCUAGGGUGUCGUCUCGCCGGCCUGGUCAACUGGAAGCAGAGACCGUGCCGGACUUCAGCCCUGUUUGCUGCAGCCAACACGGUGAUCUGGUUCGUGGCCUUCAGCUCUCUCCGAGCCUACAGCCUUCUGGCCGCCCUGCUGGCUCUGCUGGUCGUCACGGUGACCGCCAGAGACAUCGCUCGGUCCCGGUCCACAGGAGCUCACUUAUGGCGCAGCAUGACUGCAAGCUGGGAGAUCAUUGACUCAGGCCAGGACAGCCGCUCUGGGACUGGACCUCAGCUCAGCAACUCCCUCAACCUCUUCCUCCAGGAGACGUCAGCUUUCAAACAGCAAAACCCCGGCAAGUUUUGCCUGCUGGUUUGCAGUUUCUGCACCUUUUUCGCUGUCUUAGGACGUUACAUUCCAGGGAUUGUUAUCUCAUAUAUUCUAGUGCUGGGCAUUUUCCUGUGGCCUCUGGUCUCAUCUCACGAGGUCGGUUUGUGGCUAAAGCCAGUUCUGCAGAAGCUGGACUUUGGCAUCGGGGAGUUCCUUCAGAAAAUCAAAGACAACCAUGAGAAGCGAAUGAUGCAGUCUCAGACUGUGAAAGAAAGCAUCGAGUCGGACCUCUCUUCCAUGUUUCCCAAGGUCGACUCCACGGUGUGUAAGGAGAUGUCUGUCUCAGACACAGAGGUGUCUGACGUGACGUGGACGGACAACGGGACCUUCAACCUGUCAGAAGGACACACACCACAGACUGAGAACUCAGACGACUUUGACAGAGAAGAAGCGUUCACUGGAGGCCUCCCAGAAUUCCCCUCACUGGACAACGGCGCAACGACCAAUGGCGACGAUGACGAUGAGUUCAGCCUCGGCCUUCCCUCGCCUUCACCUCAGCUGCCAAUCACAUCCAAGCCCACGCCCCCUCGUCACGGAGACCAAACCACCGACAAAGCCCUCGAGUUAGUCAACCAGAUGGCGGGCGACUUCAUCGCGGCCGCCGUCACGGCCGCCAUGCAGGAGAGGAUAGAAGCAGCGGUCGGCUUCACGGCGCCGAGCUCCGGCACGACGCGGUCCAGACUCCCAGAGACCACCGGGCUGCUGGAGCUGGCCGAGGAGUCGGACAGCGAGAUGGAGGACUUUGAGCUGCUGGACCAGUCGGAGCUGGAGCAACUGGAGGGGGACCUGGGGCCGGGAGAGGAGAAGGCCCAGGCCAAAAAGGAGGAGGAGGUGGAGGAGGAGAGCGACAAGCCGGCCUCUUCUGGAUUCUUCGCCAAACUCCUGAGACGCCACUGAUCGAUGAAAGGUACGAUCCGCGGGGGGGGGCGGGGUGACUUACAGAGGACGUGUGGACGGGAGACGGGGGUGUUCUGGUCACAGCGGACUGUUGGGGGUAGGGAGAAAGCAAUGUUUCCAUUUAUUGUUACCCUGUAGAGCUAUCAUCAACCUUUUUAAAACUGGUCAGUUUGUCAAAUGUGAAAGUCAUGUCACUUUAAUCGGGAUCAUCCUAGAUUAAUGCCAGGAUCAGAGUACACAAUAUCGGCCCCAUAAUGCACCUCACCCGACAGACGUGGCUACAAAAAGUCUGGUUUGUCCUGUUUCAUCCUGUGUAGUGUGUGACAGUGAAAAAACUGGGACGCCUCAAACAUCCGGACCUAAAGAGGACGGUGUCACUCCUUCUUUGACAGAGUUUGACAACACCUACUGUACAACGUGUGUCAUUAAGUUGAUGAGAGCAGGAUGAAACACUAGUGAAUACCAUUCAC